AUGUGUGGCAUCUUCGGUUAUAUCAACUACCUCGUGGAGAGGGACCGCAAAUACAUCCUUGACACGUUGCUCAAUGGACUCUCGCGGCUUGAAUACCGCGGAUAUGACUCCGCUGGACUUGCUGUCGAUGGCGAUAAGAAGAACGAAGUUUGUGCCUUCAAGGAAGUUGGAAAGGUUGCCAAGUUGAAGGAGCUCAUUGAGGAGUCCAAACCCGAUCUCACCAAGUCUUUCGAAUCACACGCGGGUAUCUCUCACACACGUUGGGCCACUCACGGAACGCCUUCUCGCCGAAACUGCCAUCCUCACAGGUCUGACCCCAACUGGGAAUUCUCCGUUGUCCACAAUGGUAUCAUCACCAACUAUAAGGAGCUAAAGGCUCUCUUGGAAAGCAAGGGAUUCCGUUUCGAGACUGAGACAGACACCGAGUGUAUUGCCAAACUCGCCAAGUAUCUAUACGACCAGCAGCCUGACAUUGAUUUCACCGUGCUGGCGAAGGCCGUUAUCAAGGAGCUUGCAGGCGCUUUCGGUCUCUUGAUCAAGUCUGUGCAUUAUCCCCAUGAAGUGAUCGCCGCCCGCAAGGGUUCUCCCCUUGUUAUUGGUGUGAGAACUUCCCGGAAGAUGAAGGUGGACUUUGUGGAUGUGGAGUAUUCAGAAGAUGUCGCUCUUCCUGCGGAGCAGGCUUCCCAGAAUGUCGCCAUUAAGAAGUCCGCCACCGGCCUUCUUGCUCCUCCUGAUAAAUCCCUUCUUCACCGAUCCCAGUCCCGUGCAUUCUUGUCCGACGAUGGGAUUCCUCAGCCGGCUGAAUUUUUCUUGUCAUCCGAUCCCUCUGCAAUUGUUGAACACACCAAGAAGGUUCUGUACCUCGAAGAUGAUGAUAUUGCGCACAUCCACGAGGGUCAACUCAACAUCCACCGCUUGACCAAGGAUGACGGUACUUCCAACGUUCGUGCUAUUCAGACUCUUGAGCUUGAACUGCAGGAAAUCAUGAAGGGUAAAUUCGACCACUUCAUGCAGAAGGAGAUCUUUGAACAACCCGAAUCAGUGGUGAACACGAUGAGAGGACGUCUGGAUGUUGCUAACAAGCAAGUUACGCUUGGUGGGCUUAGACAGUACAUUUCUACCAUUCGUCGGUGCCGGAGAAUCAUCUUCAUUGCCUGCGGUACUAGCUACCACUCAUGCAUGGCGGUUCGCGGAGUGUUUGAGGAGCUUACUGAGAUCCCGAUUGCAGUUGAACUUGCAUCCGACUUCCUGGACAGGCAGGCACCCGUCUUCCGUGAUGAUACAUGUGUCUUCGUUUCUCAAUCUGGUGAAACGGCAGACUCACUCAUGGCUCUCCGUUACUGUCUUGAACGGGGAGCUCUGACUGUCGGUAUUGUCAACGUUGUCGGAUCAUCGAUCUCUCUCCUGACUCACUGUGGUGUUCAUAUCAACGCUGGCCCUGAGAUUGGUGUUGCCUCGACCAAGGCUUACACCUCCCAGUUUGUUGCUAUGGUCAUGUUCGCCCUUUCUCUCAGCGAAGACCGUGCUUCAAAGCAAAAGAGACGUGAGGAGAUUAUGGAGGGUCUUGCUCAGGUUUCCGAUCAGUUCAGAGAAAUCUUGAAGCUCAACGAACCCAUCAAACAAAUGUGUGAACGCUUCUUCAAGAACCAGAAAAGCUUGCUUUUGCUGGGCAGAGGUGGUCAGUUCCCUACGGCGCUUGAAGGUGCCCUUAAAAUCAAAGAAAUCUCAUACCUGCAUUGCGAAGCUGUCAUGUCUGGCGAACUGAAGCAUGGUGUUCUUGCUCUCGUUGACGAGAAUCUACCCAUCAUCAUGAUUCUCACCCGCGAUGGUCUCUUCACCAAGUCGCUGAAUGCCUACCAGCAAGUCAUUGCUCGAGGUGGUCGUCCAAUCGUGAUUUGCAAUAAUGAUGAUCCUGAAUUCUCGUCCACUCAGACCGAGAAGAUUGAGGUACCAAAGACUGUGGAUUGCCUGCAGGGUCUUCUCAAUGUCAUCCCCCUACAGCUGAUUUCGUACUGGCUUGCUGUUGGCGAGGGCUUGAAUGUUGAUUUCCCCCGCAACCUCGCCAAGUCCGUCACUGUUGAGUAG